UGAUGACAAUCAUGCUUUCCUAAUAAGAGUAACGGUGUAGGAGUGUAGAGUUUUCUAAAACAAGUAGCUUUGAAGAAGCUUGAAUGAAAAUGGACGCAAUUGACAAAAUACAGCAUGUGAAAGGUUCAAUAUAAAUGGAAAUCACGAUUAUUAUUGAUUGGCGUUUUCUUUACAAAAAUCUGCGACACAAAGUACAAGUCCAUUAAAAUAGAGCCAUAAAACCGGCCACAUGUUGGCUCCAGCAAAAAAGCAAUGUGCUUGUAUAUGCUAAUAAGCAAGUCACACUUGGCACUGUCCAUCAGUGAGAUAAAUUUUAAAAUACAUAAACUGCGAAAGGAAAGUAACAAUGCUAUAUAAAUCCUGCAUAUACUGCUCAUGCUAAGGACAAAUAACCGAAAAGAACCGCCCGCGCGACGAAUGAGAUUUAGAGGACAUACUACUUAAUCAACCAUGGAUUCGUUGGCUCCAACAGGUGCAUCAAAUGACCAAUAUCCACAGAAAAUACAUCAAACACAGCGGAGAUACCCAGUAACGUUGGCAGCAAACAACGAAAGUAGAUGGAAAAAUCUCGCGGAUGUGACGCUUAGAAGUUGUCAUGUCGAAGACAAACACUGCCAGCGGCGACAAAGACGAAAAUAUAUUACGAGAAUAGCAGUGAAUAGACGAGGCACUCUCGAUUUUUCUAUAAAAAAGCCAACACCAAAUCAUAGAGUGUCGUUCUUCAAGCUGGACGUGAAUUAUAAUCGACCAGACUCGAUGUUAAUAAUGACAAUUUUCUUUGCUGCUAUAAUGGCUAUUGUGAUAUCGGAAAAUACUGUUUUAGCUGCGCAGCGCGAAUCCGUGAAGCAGAAGAAUUCCAAUAACCUGAGCAAUAAUGCAAAUGCUAUUCCGACCGGAAUCGGAGGCGUCAUCAGUAGCGGCACUGGUGCUGUCAACGGAAAUGCUGUCAGCGGUGGUAAUGCCAAUCCAAAAAGACACAGCAACGAUGUUAACAAUGGAAAUCCGGUCAACAAUGCAUCGGCCCCCAGCAAUGGAAAUUUAGCGACGGCCGACGGCGCGGAGAACUACAUCACGAUGGCAACAAUCACCACUACUUGCCCCACCGUCGCUACAGCAAUGGUAUCAAGCAGCAGCCCAGUACCCAGCAGCAGUGUGCAGAAAAACAGCGGCGCUUUUCCUUCGGGCACUUCUGUGGUAAGUCGCAAUACGAUUGAAGUGACCGAGGAUGCUCGAAAUGGACCGUAUUUCGACAAAGCCGCAUCAAAAAAUGUGACAGCCUUGCUUGGAAAGACGGCAUAUUUAAACUGCCGGGUAAAAAAUCUGGGCAACAAAACGGUGAGUUCCGAUUAAUUGUCUCUUUAUAUACAAGUACAAAUCAAAUUAACUCAAUUUACCUGAAUACAUACAUAUAAUAAUAAAAUGGCAAUAAUUCACAUUUCGAAGAAACCAUGGCAUAAAAUAAGUACCGACCUCAUCACUGAUCUUAAAUUAAUGGUCCGGAGUAACAUAGCGUAGCAUACCGAGUAAAUAAUUAAAAAAAAUAAGCCCCCUACUCUGCAUUCCUUUUUCCUUGCUUUAUUACAUAUCUGGAGUGGCAUAAAUUGAAGGACUUCUGCUUUCGGAGCCCAUAAAAGGGCUCCUAUAACGUAGUAACGGUAGGACAUAUUUACUUAAAAAGGCCCUUUGAUUGAGUUCUCCCAAAGCUGCUUCUUUAAGAUACUAAUUUAAGGUGGAUGUAAUGUGUUUUGUUCUAAUAUAAAAUGCAUAUUGAAAUUCAGUUGUAAUGUUAAAUAACGAAUAGUACCAGGUUGACCCAGCUUUGCUCGGAGUGCAUAUACUUUUUAAAGUUUACAAGUUUUGGGUAUCAAAUACUGGUCAUUUGGAUAGCUUAAAAAUGAAAUAUUUUGGAAAAAAAUUUAGAUUUUGAUAUCUGUAAAGUAAGUAAAUUUCUUACUGUAAAAUUUAGGUGGCAGCUCUAUUUAGAAAUACACUGGAAUGAAUAUUACGUAUCUUGAGCGUAUAUGUACUGUGUAUACAUACAAAAAAAUGCUGAUUGCAAUAAACCAAAUACAAAUUUGUAUUACAUAUUUAGCGGCGCGGCAUCCCUGGUCGAAAACAUUUUCGGACCAAAGUUCUCACCAAUACUUUUCAUUUGAUAUCCGUAUUGCGAUGUCUUAGAUAAAUUGUGUAAAAUCGAAAAUAAGUGAAAACCUUACACUAAUAUCCUAAUGGAUAUAACUUAAUAUAAAGGGAAAGCACCUUCUCCUGAUACCCAUGAAUACUAACAUUGUACCUUUAGUUUCAAAUCAAAACAAAUAAAUAUAUAUGCGAUUUAAAACA